GAAGGGAAAAGAUAGCGAAUGUUGUGAACAUGGAUUUCCCAGUUAAUAAAGGUAAACAGAAAGGUAAGAAGCCUGUAAAUGAGGAAGAGUUACUCGAAGUUCCAGAGGGAUGGAAGGAACCGGGAAUCACUAAGGAUCAGAACCCACAUGGCAUGGUCAGCGAGAGCUCAUUUGCCACACUCUUUCCCAAGUACAGAGAAGCCUACAUUAAUGAGUGCUGGCCGCUUGUCAAGAAAACAUUAGGAGAACAUAAUAUCAAGGCUGAGUUGGAUGUUGUGGAAGGAAGCAUGACUGUACAAACAACCAGAAAAACCUGGGAUCCAUACAUCAUCAUUAAAGCCCGAGAUAUCCUCAAACUGUUAGCCAGAAGUGUACCCUAUGAACAGGCUAUUCGAGUGUUAGAGGAUGAUGUUGCAUGUGAUAUUAUCAAAAUUGGUUCUCUGACAAGAAACAAGGAAAGAUUUGUCAAAAGACGACAGCGUCUGAUUGGACCAAAUGGAUCAACUCUCAAAGCGAUUGAAAUUCUAACUGAUUGUUAUGUUCUGGUACAGGGAAACACUGUGUCUGCCCUAGGUCCAUACAAAGGACUCAGAGAGGUCAGAAAGAUAGUUGAGGACACCAUGAAGAAUAUUCACCCCAUCUACAACAUAAAGACAUUAAUGAUUAAGAGAGAACUAGCAAAGGAUCCAGAACUCAGAAAUGAAAAUUGGGAAAGAUUUUUACCGAAAUUUAAGUCAAAGAAUAUCAGUAAACGUAAGCAGCCAAAGAAGAAGAGGGUGAAGAAGCCAUAUACACCAUUUCCUCCUCCUCAACCGGAGAGCAAGGUUGACAAAGAACUGGCUUCAGGAGAAUAUUUCUUAAAACCUCAACAAAAGAAGGCCAAGGUACAACAGGAGAAAAAGGAGAAACAGCUGAAAGCUGUGCAGAAAAGUCAGGAAAAGCGAGCCAAGGCCUUUGUAGCUCCCAAAGAAGACACAGCUCCACCCAAGAAAAAGCAGAAAGUCACAGAGGAUGUUAAUGUGGAAGAAUUAAAAAAGAAAAUUAAAAAAUCACAGACCGAUCUCUUUAGUGCUAUCUGUAAACUACAGGAAUUACUGCGAGAGGAGGAAAAAUUACAGAUAAGUUUAAAUAGGUACAUCAGCAGUAUUGAGGAAACUGGACAGGCCCUUCCCCCGGGGAUCACCAGAUUUUCGGAGUCUCUUAAAAUCAAACGACAGAAUAUUAGAGAUGGUACCCAUUAUAUCGAACAUCCUGUCAAUGACUUCCACCUUUUAUAUCGAUUUGUGGUGGACUGGCAGUCCGUAUUCGAUGACAUUUGGUGUGAGAAUUGUGAAGUCACUGACGCUGCCAAAGAUUUUAAUUUUACUGUUCAACUAGUAAGUAAGCGCCUUGGUCUGUGGCCUUCUAAGUACGACCUUGAUGGCGCCUCGCACGCACUUCUUCGUUUAUGGAAAGUGUACAAACUCAGUCUAGAUGACUUGAUCAAUGGCAAUGUGUUAAACUAUACUGCUGACCAACCUAUGUCAGAUGACGAGGUAUUGACAGUGACCCAGUAUGCUGACCACGCCAAGGACGACUACUCUGAGAUGAAGUGGCUAGAAGCUUUGUACAGAAGGUUACAGGGGCAGGACGGUUUCUCAAAAAAUGAAUCAAGGGUCAUUCGUGUUGCUCGAGCAUUAGCUGCCUCUUUUUAUAAACUCGGUCUGUCCAAGAAUGCAACACUUGUGUUGGAGCCUUUUCAAAGUUUGGGUAACCGUGGUAUUUUGAGGGACACGGCAUUUUACCAAUCCAGUAUAACAAGCAACAAUGGAACAGUUACAGAGCCAGAACCACGUGACCCUAUGUACGAGGCCCUCUGUCGGGAAGAUCAAAAAACAGCACAGGAACUGUCCAAACUCCGUUGCUUCUGGCGAAAAACACUGGUGCCAUAUUACAGGGGAAAAGAAGAAGUUGUGAAUUAUGAACCAAGAAUUUCCCUCUUUCAUGACGUUAUCUCACCUGACUACAUAAAUCUUCUAAAAUCCAUUGCCCUAAAAGGGUUCUCUAGAUCCACAGUGUUCUUAGAGGGAAGUGGACCUAACGGGGAGACACGCUACGGUCAAAUGGAUGAUGUUAGGGUUAGUCAAACAUGUUGGAUUGGUACAGAUGAACAUAGAGAGCUCGUUAGAUUGGAGAAUAGGAUCAAACUUACAACAGGGCUGAGUGCAACGUAUAAACAAGUCUUAAGUCACUCGGAAAAAUUCCAGGUGCUGAACUACGGAGUUGGUGGCAUGUAUACAGUCCAUCAUGAUUACAUGAGGUAUCCACUUGGGGCACCCGUCAAUAUUCUGGAUUCGGAGGACCUUCGGAGUUCGGGGGAUCGAAUAGCGACGUGGAUGUUUUACCUAAAUGACGUAAAAGCUGGUGGUGCUACAGUGUUCCCGAAAGUCAAGGCUAGAAUACCGGUCGCUAAGGGAGGCGCUGCAUUUUGGUAUAAUUUAAAACUGAGCGGAGAGGAGGAUUCCCGAACACUACACGCGGGUUGUCCCGUCUUAAUCGGAUCUAAAUGGGUGAGUAAUAAGUGGAUUCGACAAGAGGGCCAGGUUUUUCGGAGAUUGUGUGGAUUGACAGAGGACGCCAUAGAGGAUCUACCCACAGCCUGAGUGACAUACUAUGAUAGAUCUGGUCACCAUAGGAAUUGUUCCACUCAUCCCAGAAUCCAUUCAUGUGUUGGUCUCCACUCAAAUGACAAUCAUUCUAACAUUACACACAAUAACUUAGUGAAAUCAUUAUGUCAGUCAUAAGAUCACAUCAUUGCAAACGUAGGGUCCAGUUGUAAUAAAACAAAAAGUCACUGUU